AUGCUGCGGCACCGGGGAGCGGCCGUGCUGCCCACCCUGACCCUCUCCGCUCUGCAGCCGCCGGACCGCUGCUCCGAUGCCAUCGUCCCUCGAAACCCGCCCGGCCCCAAAUCCUUUUGGCUGCGUAAAAUCUUAAAGCUUCUUUUCCUGCAGCUUGCAGAAGGUUUGGAGCUCGCUGUUUGGGUGGUGGCUGCGGCUCGUGGGCACGAGGGCUUCGUCACCCACCUGGUGCCCAUGUCCGGGGCCGGAGCUGCGACGCAGCCCCGCAGCGAGCAGCUGGGACGGGGCAAGGGGCUGGGGAACAUGUGCCGGGGGUUCGCCCUCCUCUUGCCAGGGCUCUGCCCGCUCCCCUCGGGGCACGAGGCAGCAUCCCCACUGCAGACCGGGCAGAAGCUGCCUGGACCUGGCUACGGCGAUUCCUUCCCGUGGCAGGCGCUGCGGAGAAAUCGCGGCACCGUCGCUGCCUGCUGGGAGCCCGCGGGCGCACUGGGCCGUGAAACGCCACCGAAGACAUGUAGCCCUAAACAGUUUGCAUGCAAAGAUCAGAUUACGUGCAUAUCUAAGGGCUGGCGCUGUGACGGGGAAAAGGAUUGUCCGGAUGGCUCGGAUGAAUCACCCGAUAUAUGUCCUCAGAGCAAGGUGUCCCGAUGCCAGCCCAACGAGUACAACUGCCUGGGCACGGAGCUCUGCAUUCACAUGAGCAAACUGUGCAACGGGCUCCACGACUGCUUCGAUGGCUCCGACGAGGGGCCACACUGUCGGGAACAAUUAGCAAACUGCACGGCGCUGGGUUGCCAGCACCACUGCGUGCCGACGCUGAACGGACCGGUCUGCUACUGCAACAACUCCUUCCAGCUGGCCGAGGACAGGAGGAGCUGCAAAGACUUUGAUGAAUGCACCGUCUACGGGACCUGCAGCCAGACGUGCACCAACACAGAGGGCUCCUACACGUGCAGCUGUGUUGAAGGGUACCUCCUGCAGCCUGAUAACAGAUCCUGCAAAGCCAAGAAUGAGCCCGUGGACCGUCCUCCCGUGCUGCUCAUUGCCAACUCCCAGAACAUCCUGGCCACCUACUUGAGCGGAGCCCCUGUGCCCAACAUCACCCCCACCAGUGCCAAGCAGACGACGGCCAUGGACUUCAACUACAUUGAGGACACGGUGUGCUGGGUUCACGUGGGUGACAGUGCCUCCCAGACCAUCCUCAAGUGUGCCAAGAUCCCCAACCUGAAGGGCUUUGUGGAGGAGCGCUCCAUCAACAUCUCCCUCAGCCUGCACCAUGUCGAGCAGAUGGCCAUUGACUGGCUCACAGGCAACUUCUACUUCGUGGAUGACAUUGAUGACAGGAUCUUUGUCUGCAACAAGAACGGAGUCACCUGCGUCACACUGCUGGACCUCGAGCUGUACAACCCCAAGGGGAUAGCGCUGGACCCAGCUAUGGGCAAAGUGUUCUUCACUGACUACGGGCAGAUCCCUAAGGUGGAGCGCUGUGACAUGGACGGGCAGAACCGCACCAAGCUGGUGGACAGCAAGAUCGUCUUCCCCCAUGGCAUCACCUUGGACUUGGUGAACCGGCUGGUGUACUGGGCUGACGCCUACUUGGACUAUAUUGAGGUGGUGGACUACGAAGGCAAAAACAGACACACCAUCAUCCAGGGCAUCCUGAUUGAACACCUCUACGGGCUAACCGUCUUCGAGAACUACCUCUACGCCACCAACUCUGACAAUGCCAAUGCUCAGCAGAAAACGAGUGUCAUCCGGGUCAACCGCUUCAACAGCACCGAGUACCAGGUGGUGACGCGGGUGGACAAGGGAGGAGCACUCCACAUCUACCACCAGCGGCGCCAGCCCACAGUGAGGAGCCAUGCCUGUGAGCCGGAUCAGUUCGGCAAGCCGGGGGGCUGCUCGGACAUCUGCCUCCUCGGGAACAGCCACAAGACCCGAACCUGCCGGUGCCGCUCUGGGUUCAGCCUGGGCAGCGACGGGAAGUCCUGCAAAAAGCCCGAGCAUGAGCUGUUCCUGGUGUAUGGGAAGGGGCGUCCGGGCAUCAUCCGCGGGAUGGACAUGGGGGCCAAGGUGCCAGACGAGCACAUGAUCCCCAUCGAGAACCUGAUGAACCCCCGAGCACUGGACUUCCAUGCUGAGACCGGCUUCAUCUACUUCGCUGACACCACCAGCUACCUCAUCGGGCGCCAGAAGAUCGAUGGCACGGAGCGAGAGACCAUCCUGAAGGACGGCAUCCACAACGUGGAAGGGAUCGCGGUGGACUGGAUGGGGAACAACCUGUACUGGACGGAUGAUGGCCCCAAAAAGACCAUCAGCGUGGCUCGGCUGGAGAAGGCUGCCCAGACACGGAAGACACUGAUCGAGGGGAAGAUGACCCACCCCCGAGCGAUCGUGGUGGACCCCCUGAACGGGUGGAUGUACUGGACGGACUGGGAGGAGGAUCCCAAGGACAGCAAGAGGGGCAAGAUUGAGAGAGCCUGGAUGGACGGUUCCAACCGCAACAUCUUCAUCACCUCCAAGACCGUCCUGUGGCCCAACGGGCUGAGCCUGGACAUCCCGGCCAAGAUCCUCUACUGGGUGGAUGCUUUCUAUGACCGCAUUGAGAUGGUCUACCUCAAUGGCACUGAGCGGAAGAUUGUGUACGAGGGACCUGAGCUGAAUCACGCCUUCGGGCUGUGCCACUACAGCAGCUUCCUCUUCUGGACCGAGUACCGCAGCGGCAGCAUCUACCGGCUGGACCAGGCCUCCAAGGUGGUGAGCCUGCUCCGGAACGAGCGCCCACCCAUCUUCGAGAUCCGGAUGUACGAUGCACAGCAGCAGCAAGUGGGCUCCAACAAGUGCCGCGUAAACAACGGUGGCUGCAGCAGCCUGUGCCUGGCCACCCCCCGGGGCCGUCAGUGUGCCUGUGCCGAGGACCAGAUCCUGGGAUCGGACUCUGUCACCUGCCAGGCCAACCCGUCCUACAUCCCCCCUCCGCAGUGCCAGCCUGGGGAGUUCGCUUGCAAGAACAACCGCUGCAUCCAGGAGCGCUGGAAAUGCGAUGGGGACAACGACUGCCUGGACAACAGUGACGAAGCCCCUGAGCUCUGCCACCAGCACACCUGCCCCUCCGACCGUUUCAAGUGCAAGAACAACCGCUGCAUCCCCAACCGCUGGCUCUGCGAUGGGGACAACGACUGUGGGAACAACGAGGAUGAGUCCAACUCCACCUGCUCGGCUCGGACCUGCUCCCCCAACCAGUUCUCCUGUGCCAGUGGGCGCUGCAUCCCCAUCUCCUGGACCUGUGACCUGGACGAUGACUGUGGGGACCGCUCUGACGAGUCUGCCUCCUGCGCCUACCCGACCUGCUUCCCUUUGACACAGUUCACCUGCAACAACGGGCGCUGCAUAAACAUCAACUGGCGGUGUGACAACGGUAAGGACNNNGGGGACAACAGCGACGAGGCAGGCUGCAGCCACUCCUGCUCCAGCAAACAGUUCAAGUGCAACAGGGGGCGCUGCAUCCCCGUGCACUGGACCUGUGACGGGGACAAUGACUGCGGGGACUACAGCGACGAGACUCACGCCAACUGCACCAACCAGGCCACGCGCCCGCCCGGGGGCUGCCACACCGAUGAGUUCCAGUGCCGGCUGGACGGGCUCUGCAUCCCCAUGCGCUGGCGCUGCGACGGUGACACGGACUGCAUGGACUCCAGCGAUGAGAAGAACUGUGAGGGGGUCACCCAUGUCUGCGACCCCAAUGUCAAGUUUGGCUGCAAGGACUCAGCCCGCUGCAUCAGCAAGGCCUGGGUCUGUGAUGGGGACAGCGACUGCGAGGACAACUCGGAUGAGGAGAACUGCGAGUCACUGGUGUGCAAACCUCCCUCCCACACCUGCGCCAACAACACCUCCAUCUGCCUCCCCCCCGAGAAGCUCUGCGACGGCUCCGACGACUGCGGGGACGGCUCCGACGAGGGCGAGCUCUGUGACCAGUGCUCCCUGAACAAGUUUUUUUUCAACUGCACCGUGGCCCCCGGCGAGGGCAUUGUCUGCUCCUGCUCCCUGGGCAUGGAGCUAGGCGCAGACAACAAGACCUGCCAGAUCCAGAGCUACUGUGCCAAGCACCUCAAGUGCAGCCAGAAGUGCGAGCAGGACAAGUACAACGUCAAGUGCUCGUGCUACGAGGGCUGGAUGCUGGAACCUGAUGGCGAGAGCUGCCGCAGCCUGGACCCCUUCAAGCCCUUCAUCAUAUUCUCCAACCGCCAUGAGAUCCGCCGCAUUGACCUGCACCGGGGUGACUACAGCGUCCUGGUCCCUGGGCUACGCAACACCAUCGCCUUGGACUUCCACCUCAACCAGAGCUCGCUGUACUGGACCGACGUGGUGGAGGACAAAAUCUACAGAGGAAAGCUGCUUGAGAAUGGGGCUCUGACCAGCUUCGAGGUGGUGAUACAGUACGGGCUGGCCACCCCCGAGGGGCUGGCUGUGGACUGGAUCGCUGGCAACAUCUACUGGGUGGAGAGCAACCUGGACCAGAUUGAGGUGGCCAAGCUGGACGGCACCAUGCGAACUACGCUGCUGGCUGGGGACAUCGAGCAUCCCCGUGCCAUUGCCCUGGACCCCCGCUAUGGGAUCCUCUUCUGGACAGACUGGGACGCCAGCCUGCCCCGCAUCGAGGCUGCCUCCAUGAGCGGCGCGGGCCGGCGCACCAUCCACAAGGAGACGGGCUCGGGGGGCUGGCCCAACGGGCUCACUGUCGACUACCUGGAGAAGCGCAUCCUCUGGAUCGACGCCAGGUCAGACGCCAUCUACUCAGCCCUGUACGAUGGAACGGGGCACAUCGAGGUGCUGCGGGGACACGAGUACCUGUCGCAUCCCUUUGCCGUCACCCUGUAUGGGGGUGAGGUCUACUGGACUGACUGGCGUACCAACACGCUGGCCAAGGCCAACAAGUGGACAGGGCACAACGUGACGGUGGUGCAGAGGACCAACACGCAGCCUUUCGACCUGCAGGUGUAUCACCCCUCGCGGCAGCCCCUGGCUCCUAAUCCCUGUGAAGCCAACGGGGGCAAAGGGCCAUGUUCCCACCUCUGCCUCAUCAACUACAACCGCACCCUGUCCUGUGCCUGCCCCCAUCUCAUGAAGCUGGACAAGGACAACACGACCUGCUAUGAGUUUAAGAAGUUCCUGCUGUACGCGCGGCAGAUGGAGAUCCGGGGUGUGGACAUCGACAACCCCUACUACAACUACAUCAUCUCCUUCACGGUGCCCGACAUCGACAACGUCACGGUGGUGGACUACGAUGCCCUGGAGCAGCGCAUUUAUUGGUCUGAUGUCCGCACUCAGACCAUCAAGAGAGCUUUCAUCAAUGGCACCGGAGUGGAGACCGUUGUCUCUGCGGACCUGCCCAACGCUCACGGCCUCUCUGUGGAUUGGGUUUCCAGAAACCUCUUCUGGACUAGCUACGAUGCCAACAAGAAGCAGAUCAACGUGGCCCGGCUGGAUGGCUCCUUCAAGAAUGCGGUGAUCCAGGGGCUGGACAAGCCUCACUGCCUGGUGGUUCACCCCCUCCGGGGGAAACUCUACUGGACAGACGGGGACAACAUCAGCGUGGCCAACAUGGAUGGCAGCAACCGCACUCUCCUCUUCACGAACCAGAAAGGGCCUGUUGGCCUGGCAAUUGACUACCCGGAGAGCAAGCUGUACUGGAUCAGCUCUGGCAAUGGCACCAUCAACAGAUGCAACCUAGACGGCAGCAACCUGGAGGUGAUCGAGUCCAUGAAGAGUCAGUUGAGCAAGGCGACCGCCCUGGCCAUCAUGGGCAACAAGCUAUGGUGGGCUGACCAGGCCUCUGAGAGGAUGGGCACCUGCAACAAGAAGGAUGGGACGGAGGUGACAGUGCUGCGCAACAGCACCACGCUGGUGAUGCACAUGAAGGUGUAUGACGAGACCAUCCAGCAAGCUGGAACCAACCCCUGCAGCCUAAAUAACGGCGACUGCUCGCAGCUCUGCCUCCCCACUUCCGAGACCUCCCGGUCCUGCAUGUGCACGGCGGGCUACAGCCUGAAGAGCGGGCAGCAGUCCUGCGAAGGUGUUGGCUCCUUCCUGCUGUAUUCGGUCCACGAGGGGAUCCGUGGCAUUCCCCUGGACCCCAAUGACAAGUCAGAUGCUCUCGUGCCCGUGUCGGGGACCUCCCUGGCUGUGGGGAUCGACUUCCACGCAGAGAACGACACCAUUUACUGGGUGGACAUGGGUCUGAGCACCAUCAGCCGGGCCAAGCGAGACCAGACGUGGCGGGAGGACGUGGUCACCAAUGGCAUUGGCCGCGUGGAGGGCAUCGCCGUGGACUGGAUCGCCGGAAACAUCUACUGGACGGACCAGGGCUUCGACGUCAUCGAGGUGGCCAGGCUGAACGGGUCCUUCCGCUACGUGGUCAUCUCUCAGGGGCUGGACAAACCACGGGCCAUCACAGUCCAUCCAGAGAAGGGGUAUCUGUUCUGGACAGAGUGGGGCCAGUACCCCCGCAUCGAACGGUCGCGCCUGGAUGGGACUGAGCGGAUGGUGCUGGUGAACGUCAGCAUCAGUUGGCCCAACGGAAUAUCCGUUGACUAUGAGGACGGGAAGCUUUACUGGUGCGAUGCCCGGACAGACAAGAUUGAACGAAUUGACCUGGAGACAGGUGAAAACCGAGAGGUCGUCCUGUCCAGCAACAAUAUGGACAUGUUCUCAGUGUCGGUCUUCGAGGAGUACAUUUACUGGAGUGACAGGACUCAUGCGAAUGGCUCCAUCAAAAGAGGCAACAAGGACAAUGCCACCGAGUCGGUGUCCCUGCGGACAGGGAUCGGCGUGCAGCUCAAGGACAUCAAAGUCUUCAACCGGGCCAGGCAGAAGGGCACCAACAUCUGUGCGCAGAGCAAUGGGGGCUGCCAGCAGCUCUGCCUGUUCCGGGGCAACGGGCAGAGGACGUGUGCCUGCGCCCACGGCAUGCUGUCCGAGGAUGGGGUGAGCUGCCGGGACUACGAUGGCUACCUGCUGUAUUCAGAGCGCACCAUCCUCAAGAGCAUCCACCUGUCAGACGAGAACAACCUCAACGCGCCCAUCAAGCCCUUUGAGGAUGCAGAGCACAUGAAGAACGUCAUUGCCCUGGCCUUUGACUACCGCUACGGCUCCAAGGGCAGCAACCGCAUAUUCUACAGUGACAUCCACUUCGGCAACAUCCAGCAGAUCAACGAUGAUGGCACAGGGCGCAAGACCAUCGUGGAGAACGUGGGCUCGGUGGAGGGGCUGGCGUACCACCGCGGCUGGGACACGCUGUACUGGACAAGCUACACCACCUCCACCAUCACCCGCCACACCGUGGACCAGAGCCGCCUGGGGGCUUUCGAGAGGGAGACGGUGAUCACCAUGUCGGGGGACGAUCACCCCCGGGCCUUCGUGCUGGAUGAGUGCCAGAACCUGAUGUUCUGGACCAACUGGAACGAGCAGCACCCCAGCAUCAUGCGUGCCACCCUCUCUGGUGCCAACGUCCUCAUCAUCAUCGACCAGGACAUACGAACACCCAAUGGGCUGGCCAUUGACCACAAGGCUGAGAAGAUCUACUUCUCUGAUGCCACACUGGACAAAAUUGAACGCUGUGAAUACGAUGGCUCCCACCGCCACGUGAUCCUGAAAUCAGAGCCUGUGCACCCCUUUGGCCUGGCUGUCUACGGCGAUUACAUCUUCUGGACGGACUGGGUGCGCAGGGCCGUGCAACGAGCCAACAAGUAUGUGGGCACCGACAUGAAGCUUCUGCGUGUUGACAUCCCCCAGCAGCCCAUGGGCAUCAUUGCCGUGGCCAACGACACCGAUAGCUGUGAGCUGUCCCCAUGCAGGGUGAACAACGGCGGCUGUCAGGAUCUCUGUCUCCUCACACCCAAAGGACACGUCAACUGCUCCUGCCGCGGCGAGCGUGUCCUGCAGGAGGAUUUCACCUGCAAAGCCCUGAAUUCCACCUGCAACGUGCACGAUGAGUUCGAGUGUGGGAACGGCGACUGCAUUGACUUCAGCCGGACCUGCGACGGCGUGGUCCACUGCAAGGACAAGUCAGAUGAGAAGCAGUCCUACUGCAGCAGCCGCAAGUGCAAGAAGGGUUACCUGCACUGCAUGAACAGGCGCUGCAUCGCCAGCCGCUACUGGUGCAAUGGUGUGGAUGACUGCGGGGACAACUCGGACGAAGUGCCGUGUAACAAAACCAGCUGCGCUGCUACCGAGUUUCGCUGCCGAGAUGGGACCUGCAUUGGGAAUUCGAGCCGCUGUAACCAGUUCAUCGAUUGCGAGGAUGCUUCAGAUGAAAUGAACUGCACUGCCACCGACUGCAGCAGCUAUUUCAAGCUGGGGGUGAAGGGCACCACGUUCCAGAAGUGCGAACACACCUCUCUGUGCUAUGCUCCAAGCUGGGUGUGCGAUGGGGCGAAUGAUUGCGGAGACUACUCAGAUGAGCGGAACUGCCCGGGCGGGAGGAAACCCAAGUGUCCAGCCAACUACUUCGCCUGCCCAAGCGGGAGGUGCAUCCCCAUGACUUGGACCUGCGACAAAGAGGAUGACUGCGAGAAUGGAGAAGAUGAGACUCACUGCAGUGAGCGGCAGGACAAGUUCUGCUACCCCGUGCAGUUUGAGUGCAACAACCACCGCUGUAUCUCUAAGCUCUGGGUGUGUGAUGGGGCAGACGACUGCGGGGAUGGCUCUGAUGAGGACAGCCGCUGCCGGCUGACCACCUGCAGCACUGGGUCCUUCCAGUGCCCGGGCACCUACGUGUGCGUGCCAGAGCGCUGGCUCUGUGACGGAGACAAGGACUGCGCGGACGGAGCUGACGAGACCCUCGCUGCUGGCUGCUUGUACAACAACACAUGCGAUGAGCGGGAGUUCAUGUGCGGAAACCGACAGUGCAUUCCCAAGCAUUUUGUCUGCGACCACGAUGAUGACUGCGGCGACGGCUCGGACGAGUCCCCAGAGUGUGAGUAUCCCACCUGCGGCCCCCAUGAGUUCCGCUGCGCCAACGGCCGCUGCCUCAGCAACAGGCAAUGGGAGUGUGAUGGCGAGUUCGACUGCCACGACCACUCGGACGAGGCGCCCAAGAACCCGCGCUGCAGCAGCCCAGAGAACAAGUGCAACGACUCCUUCUUCCUCUGCAAGAACGGGAAGUGCAUCCCAGAGGCGCUGCUUUGCGACAACAACAACGACUGCACGGAUGGCUCGGAUGAGCUCAACUGCUUCAUCAACGAGUGUCUCAACAAGAAGCUGAGCGGCUGUUCCCAGGAGUGCGAGGACCUCAAGAUCGGGUACAAGUGUAGAUGCCGUCCCGGGUUCCGGCUGAAGGACGACGGGAAGACAUGCAUUGACAUCGAUGAGUGCUCCACCACCUACCCCUGCAGCCAGAAGUGCAUCAACACUCUGGGGAGCUACAAGUGCCUGUGCAUAGAGGGCUACAAGCUCAAACCUGACAACCCCACCAGCUGUAAAGCUGUCACAGAUGAAGAGCCCUUCCUCAUCUUUGCCAACCGGUACUACCUGAGGAAGCUCAACCUGGAUGGCUCCAACUACACGCUGCUCAAGCAGGGGCUGAACAACGCGGUGGCUCUGGAUUUUGACUAUCGAGAGCAGAUGAUUUACUGGACAGAUGUCACCACACAGGGCAGCAUGAUCCGCCGCAUGCACAUCAACGGGAGCAACGUUCAGGUUCUUCACCGCACUGGCCUCAGCAACCCUGACGGGCUGGCUGUGGACUGGGUGGGAGGCAACCUGUACUGGUGUGACAAAGGUCGGGACACCAUCGAAGUGUCCAAGCUCAACGGCGCCUACCGCACUGUGCUGGUGAACUCAGGGCUGCGUGAGCCCCGGGCGCUGGUGGUGGAUGUGCAGAAUGGGUACCUAUACUGGACGGACUGGGGGGACCACUCACUGAUCGGGAAGAUCGGCAUGGAUGGCACCAACCGCAGCGUCAUCGUUGACACCAAGAUAACUUGGCCCAACGGCCUCACCCUCGACUACAUCAACAGUCGGAUCUAUUGGGCCGAUGCGCGGGAGGACUACAUCGAGUUCGCCAGCCUGGACGGCUCCAACCGGCACACGGUGCUGAGCCAGGACAUCCCGCACAUCUUCGCGCUCACCCUCUUUGAGGAUUUCAUUUACUGGACCGACUGGGAGACCAAGUCCAUCAACCGGGCCCACAAGACUACGGGAGCCAACAAGACGCUGCUGAUCAGCACACUGCACCGCCCCAUGGACAUCCACAUCUACCACCCGUACCGCCAGCCUGACGUUCCCAACCAUCCCUGCAAGACCAACAACGCUGGCUGCAGCAACCUCUGCCUCCUCUCGCCAGGUGGGGGGCACAAGUGUGCUUGUCCCACCAACUUCUACUUGGGCAGCGAUGGCAAAACCUGUGUCUCCAACUGCACGGCCAGCCCGUUCGUCUGCAAGAAUGACAAGUGCAUCCCUUUCUGGUGGAAAUGCGACACCGAGGACGACUGCGGGGACCGUUCAGACGAGCCGGAGGACUGCCCUGAGUUCAAGUGCAGGCCAGGGCAGUUCCAGUGCUCCACUGGGAUCUGCACCAACCCAGCCUUCAUCUGUGAUGGAGACAACGACUGCCAGGACAACUCGGAUGAAGCCAACUGCGAUAUCCACGUCUGCCUGCCCAGCCAGUUCAAAUGCACCAACACCAACCGCUGCAUUCCCGGCAUUUUCCGCUGCAACGGUCAGGACAACUGUGGUGACGGCGAGGAUGAGAAGGACUGCCCUGAGGUGACUUGUGCCCCCAACCAGUUCCAGUGCGCCAUCACCAAGCGCUGCAUCCCUCGCGUCUGGGUGUGCGACCGGGACAACGACUGUGUAGAUGGCUCAGACGAACCCGCCAACUGCACACAAAUGACGUGUGGUGUGGAUGAGUUCCGGUGCAAGGACUCGGGCAGGUGCAUCCCUGCGCGCUGGAAGUGUGACGGGGAGGACGACUGCGGGGAUGGGUCCGACGAGCCCAAGGAGGAAUGCGACGAACGCACCUGUGAGCCCUACCAGUUUCGCUGCAAGAACAACAGGUGCAUCCCUGCGCGCUGGAAGUGUGACGGGGAGGACGACUGCGGGGAUGGGUCCGACGAGCCCAAGGAGGAAUGCGCGCCACGGCCCUGCUCGGAGAGCGAGUUCUCGUGUGCCAACGGCCGCUGCAUCGCUGGCAGGUGGAAGUGCGAUGGGGACCACGACUGCGCGGAUGGCUCUGACGAGAAAGACUGCACGCCGCGCUGCGAGUUCGACCAGUUCCAGUGCAAGAAUGGGCACUGCAUCCCUAUGCGCUGGCGCUGCGAUGCCGAUGCGGACUGCAUGGAUGGCACUGAUGAGGAGAACUGCGGCACUGGGGUUCGCACGUGUCCCCUGGACGAGUUCCAGUGCAACAACACGCUGUGCAAGCCCCUGGCCUGGAAGUGCGAUGGGGAAGAUGACUGCGGGGAUAACUCAGAUGAAAACCCGGAGGAGUGCUUGAAAUUCCAGUGUCCCCCCAACAGACCGUUCCGCUGCAAGAACGACCGGGUAUGUCUGUGGAUUGGUCGACAGUGCGACGGCAUUGACAACUGUGGAGACAACACGGAUGAGAAGGACUGCGAGUCUCCCACGGCGAAACCCAAGAGUUGCAGCCAGGACAAAAACGAGUUCCUGUGCGAGAACAAGAAGUGCAUCAGCGCCAACCUCCGCUGCAACUUCUUUGAUGACUGCGGAGAUGGCUCCGAUGAGGCGUCCUGCUCCCACGACCACAAGUCGUACGACUGCAUGACCAACACCACCAUGUGUGGAGACGAGGCCCAGUGCAUCCAGUCGCAGUCCACCACAUACUGCACGUGCCGCAGAGGCUUCCAGAAGGUGCCAGACAAGAAUUCCUGCCAAGACGUCAACGAGUGCCUGCGCUUUGGGACCUGCUCCCAGCUCUGCAACAACACUAAGGGCUCCCAUGUCUGUAGCUGUGCCAAGAACUUCAUGAAGACGGACAACAUGUGCAAGGCAGAAGGCUCCGAGCACCAAAUCCUCUACAUCGCGGAUGACAACAAGAUCCGGAGCAUGUACCCCUUCAACCCCAACUCCGCCUAUGAGCCGGCCUUCCAGGGUGAUGAGAACGUGCGCAUCGACGCCAUGGACAUCUAUGUCAAGGGCAACAAGAUCUACUGGACCAACUGGCACACGGGCAGGAUCUCAUACCGGGAGCUGCCUGCCUCUUCCGCUGCCUCCACUGCCUCCAACCGCAACCGGCGCCAGAUCGACGGCGGUGUCACCCACCUGAAUAUCUCGGGGCUGAAGAUGCCGCGGGGAAUUGCCAUUGACUGGGUUGCUGGGAACAUCUACUGGACAGACUCAGGGCGGGAUGUCAUUGAGGUGGCGCAAAUGAAAGGCGAGAAUCGCAAGACGCUGAUCUCGGGCAUGAUCGAUGAGCCCCACGCCAUCGUGGUCGACCCGCUUAGGGGGACUAUGUACUGGUCAGACUGGGGCAAUCACCCCAAGAUUGAGACAGCUGCUAUGGACGGGACACUGCGCGAGACCCUGGUGCAGGACAACAUCCAGUGGCCAACAGGCCUGGCCGUGGACUACCACAACGAGCGACUGUACUGGGCUGACGCCAAGCUCUCUGUCAUCGGCAGCAUCCGGCUCAACGGCACUGACCCCGUCGUGGCCAUUGACAACAAGAAGGGGCUGAGCCAUCCUUUCAGCAUCGACAUCUUUGAGGACUACAUCUAUGGUGUCACCUACAUCAACAACCGCAUCUUCAAGAUCCACAAGUUUGGGCACAAGGCUGUCACCAACCUGACGUCUGGCCUCAACCAUGCCACCGACGUUGUGCUCUACCACCAGUACAAGCAACCGGAGGUCACCAACCCUUGCGACCGCAAGAAGUGCGAGUGGCUCUGCCUGCUCAGCCCCAGCGGCCCCGUCUGCACCUGCCCCAACGGCAAGCGCCUGGACAACGGCACCUGCGUGGUCAUUCCCUCACCCACCGUCUCCCCCGUCGUGCCCACCACUGACACCUGCGACCUGGUCUGCCUGAACGGCGGCAGCUGCUUCCUCAACGCCCGCAAGCAGGCCAAGUGCCGCUGCCAACCGCGCUACAACGGGGACAAGUGCCAGAUCGACCAGUGCUGGGACUACUGCCAGAACGGGGGCACGUGCGCUGCCUCCCCGUCGGGGCAGUGCUUCGACUACUGUGAGAACGAGGGCGUCUGCCAGAUGACGGCCAGUGGUGCCAAGCAGUGCCGCUGCCCUCCGCAGUUCGAGGGCAUCCAGUGCCAGGACAACAAGUGCUCCCGGUGCCAGGAGGGCAAGUGCAGCAUCAACAAGCAGAGCGGAGAAGUUUCCUGCAUCUGCCCAGACGGCAAGAUAGCGCCCAGCUGCCUGACCUGCGACAACUACUGCCUGCACGGUGGUACCUGCUCCAUCAGCGACAAGACGCAGCUGCCCGAGUGUCUGUGCCCCACCUCUCCCUCCCCCUCUGCCCGGGCGUGCGGUCACGGCCCCCGUUCACGCUCUGACUGUACCUGCGCCUCUCGACCCGCAGGAACAGCCUCCAUUGUCAUCCCCAUUCUGCUGCUGCUCAUCCUCCUCACCGUGGUGGCUUUUGUCUGGUACAAGUGGAGGAUUAAAGGCGCCAAGGGCUUCCAGCACCAGCGGAUGACAAAUGGUGCCAUGAACGUAGAGAUCGGGAACCCCACCUACAAAAUGUACGAGGGGGAGCCCGACGACGAUGUAGGGGAGCUGCUGGAUGCAGACUUCGCCCUGGACCCUGACAAG